AUGGCUGCUGCAAAACUCCUGAAAGCUCCUAAUGUGUUCGCCACGUUCAUCCGGGGCGGCACUAGCAAAGCACUCUUUUUCCAUGCAAAGGACCUUCCCAAACCAGGGACAGCCAGAGAUAAGUUUCUCUUACGUGUCAUGGGAUCGCCUGAUCCCGGCCAAAUUGACGGAAUGGGCGGCGGACGCAUCGUAACCUCAAAAGUUGCCAUCGUCCAGCCUUCGGAAAGACCUGAUGCAGACGUUGACUACACAUUUGCUCAAGUCGGUCUCGAUGAAGCAACCGUCUCAUACGGUGCUAAUUGUGGGAAUAUUUCGGCUGGUGUUGGUCCUUUCGCAAUCAAUGAGGGACUCUUAAGAACAGACAAUUGGCAGGAUCGCAAGAGAGUGGUCAAAAUCUACAACACUGGGACAGGCGCAAUUUUGAUUGCCCAUGUUCCGAUUGAUGCUUCAAAUGGGCGAGCAUUAGAGACGGGUGACUAUUCAAUAUCUGGAUGCCCCGGGACCGGUGCUCCUAUUUUAAUGGAUUAUUCAUAG